AUGUCGAUCUUCUCCGGUUCCAGCGCCAUCACUGGCGGGCCUAACUACUCGUACUACGCCGUGCCUGCCGCGUGGGUCCUGGCGAUGAUCCCGCACUUUGUCGCUGCUGGUAUCUCGGGGGGACGAUUCAAGAACGCUGCCCCUCGUCAGAUGAUGGCCGACCUGCUGGCUAAGAAGGACAAGACCGCGCUCGACAAGAAGAUCAUCCGCGCUGAAAGUGCACAGCUCAAUGCUUUCGAGACGCUCGGUCUGUUCGCCGCCGCCGUCGUUGCCGCUAACGUCGCCAAGGUGCCCAACCACCAGCUGAACCAGUUGACUGCUGGGUACCUCGCCAGCAGGGCCGUUUUCAACUUCCUCUACAUCUACGUCACCGACGAGGCCAUCGCCACCCUCCGCAGCGGCGCCUACCUCUCCGGUAUUGGAAUCAUCUUCACGCUCUUCAUCAAGGCCGGUCUGCGUCUCAACUAA